AUGCCUUUGAGGAGAGUUUUAGAGGUGGAACCACCGAGCCCAUUGAGGUACAUAAUCGGAGCAGCCAUAAUGAUGAUCGGCGUUGUAUUGCCAGUAGGUUACAUGAUGUUCCGUAACAAGCGUGUCCCCUCCCCCUCUUCCUCUUACUCCAAACAGAC